CACCCAGGCGCUCCGGGAUGGCGCUCCGCAGGACCCUCCGGCCGCUCAAAGUUCGCAGGAGGCGAGAGAUGCUGCCGCAGCAAGUCGGCUUCGUGUGCGCGGUGCUGGCCCUGGUGUGCUGUGCGUCCGGCCUCUUCGGCAGCUUGGGGCACAAAACAGCUUCUGCUAGCAAACGUGUCCUGCCAGACACGUGGAGAAAUAGAAAGUUGAUGGCCCCAGUGAAUGGGACACAGACAGCCAAGAACUGCACAGAUCCUGCAAUUCACGAGUUCCCCACAGACCUGUUCUCCAAUAAGGAGCGACAGCACGGAGCCGUCCUGCUGCACAUCCUUGGUGCUCUGUAUAUGUUCUAUGCCUUGGCCAUAGUGUGCGAUGACUUCUUUGUUCCGUCUCUAGAGAAGAUCUGUGAGAGACUCCAUCUGAGCGAAGAUGUGGCUGGAGCCACCUUCAUGGCUGCAGGAAGCUCAACGCCAGAGCUGUUUGCAUCUGUUAUUGGGGUGUUCAUCACCCACGGGGACGUCGGGGUGGGCACCAUCGUGGGCUCCGCUGUGUUCAACAUCCUGUGCAUAAUUGGAGUGUGCGGACUGUUUGCUGGCCAGGUGGUCCGUCUAACGUGGUGGGCUGUGUGCCGAGACUCCGUGUACUACACCAUCUCUGUCAUCGUGCUCAUCGUGUUCAUAUAUGAUGAACAAAUUGUGUGGUGGGAAGGCCUGGUGCUCAUCAUCUUGUAUGUGUUUUAUAUUCUGAUCAUGAAGUACAACGUGAAGAUGCAAGCCUUUUUCACAGUCAAACAAAAGAGCAUUGCAAACGGCAACCCAGUCAACAGUGAGCUGGAGGCUGGUAAUGAUUUCUAUGACAGUAGCUAUGAUGACCCUUCCGUGCCAUUGCUGGGGCAAGUGAAGGAGAAGCCACAGUAUGGCAAGAACCCCGUGGUGAUGGUGGAUGAGAUCAUGAGCUCCAGCCCUCCCAAGUUCACCUUCCCUGAAGCAGGCUUACGAAUCAUGAUCACCAAUAAGUUUGGACCCAGGACCCGACUACGGAUGGCCAGCAGGAUCAUCAUUAAUGAGCGGCAGAGACUGAUCAACUCGGCCAACGGUGUGGGCAGUAAGCAGCUUCAAAACGGGAGACACGAGAACAUUGAGAACGGGAAUGUUCCUGUGGAAAACGCCGAAGACCCUCAGCAGAAUCAGGAGCAGCAGCCGCCGCCACAGCCACCACCGCCGGAGCCAGAGCCGGUGGAGGCUGCCUUCCUGUCCCCCUUCUCCAUGCCGGAGGCCAGAGGGGACAAGGUCAAGUGGGUGUUCACCUGGCCCCUCAUCUUCCUCCUGUGCGUCACCAUUCCCAACUGCAGCAAGCCCCGCUGGGAGAAGUUCUUCAUGGUCACCUUCAUCACCGCCACGCUGUGGAUCGCUGUGUUCUCCUACAUCAUGGUGUGGUUGGUGACUAUUAUCGGAUACACACUUGGGAUCCCGGAUGUCAUCAUGGGCAUUACUUUCCUGGCAGCAGGGACAAGUGUUCCAGACUGCAUGGCCAGCUUAAUUGUGGCAAGACAAGGCCUUGGGGACAUGGCAGUCUCCAACACCAUAGGAAGCAACGUGUUUGACAUCCUGGUAGGACUUGGCGUACCGUGGGGCCUGCAGACCAUGGUUGUUAAUUAUGGAUCAACAGUGAAGAUCAACAGCCGGGGGCUGGUCUAUUCCGUGGUCCUGUUGCUGGGCUCUGUUGCUCUCACCGUCCUCGGCAUCCACCUAAACAAGUGGCGACUGGACCGGAAGCUGGGUGUCUACGUGCUGGUUCUCUACGCCAUCUUCUUGUGCUUCUCCAUAAUGAUAGAGUUUAACGUCUUUACCUUCGUCAACUUGCCGAUGUGCCGGGAAGACGAUUAGCGCUGAGUCGCGGCCCCUGGGAGCUGAUCUGGACACCCUGUGACACUGGCGUCCUCCUCUCCCCUCUUUCCCCCACCACAGGUCUCUCCUGCAUAGGCAGCCACUGUCCGUUCUUUCACACACUGGAAGGAAGAGCCAUCGUGGUCUUUGUCUGGUCACAGGCCAGGCUGCUGGGCGUCCUCCUCCUCCUUGGAGUUCCGCCCCUGCAAGGCUGGAUUCGGGGGCCAUUACCUGAGCAGCUUCGAAGACCCCUGAGCUGCCAACCAUGGAGAUGUGCCGAGCAUCUCAUCUCUCCUGCACACUUUAGUCAGAAGGACUUCUGCAUGCAGUUUGUCUUUCUGUUCUGCAGGCAGCCUCAGAAAUGAGGUCAUUUGUGAGCACGAGAUCUCAUAGGGCAGGUGCAAAAUAGGAAUGUUGUUCUCAAGUGUCACCUCCAGCCCAGAGGCGGUUCCUUAGGCAGCAUGUGCUCCUGGGAGCCUCUGACUUUUGCUGGAAGCACCCACAGUUUGGAAGGGGCAAGACCUCAACCUGGUGGGGUUUAGGGCCCAUGAUGGCAGACAUUCUACCCCUUUUCCUGGAAAAACUGGAAGAAUGAAAAUAAUUUUUUUCUGUGGAAGAGAGAAAAUGAGUGAAUAUUCUUCUCACUUUUAUUGAUGCAUUCAGAGAAUAAGCAAUGAAAUAUUAAAAAAUGAAACAUCAUAUAGGUCAUCAUACUUGAAAACUAUCAUUCCAUAUGAAAGGAUCGUGAUACACACCAAAAAAGUAAUGAUCGUAAAGACACAAAUCCUCUGUACGCCAUCUUGCAUUGGCACUGAGGUGUUUGGUUUGGAAUAGGGAAAAAGGUAAGAGACUAACGUGGAAAGGUGCUAACUCAGAGACUGGAGAUUAUAGUUUACAGCUGUACUUUCCAGAUCUUCUAUGUGACACAAUGCACUGUCCUUGUGGGUUUGUCAUUUAUUUGUUAAUGCUCUAGUUUCAAAACCACCCUGUUGAAAGUUCCAGUUAUUUAUAUGCCCAACAAAUUUCAUAGCCUGCUGAACUGGACUGAGUGUGUCAGAAGUGCUGGUUAAUGACAAGAAGAGAGAUUGCCUGAAGAACAACAAACUGCUUUCUGGUUAGCUGAAGGCAAGUGUGAAAAUCAUAAUUUAGAAUAUUUAGAGCUAAGCUUCUGGAACCACGUAGUUUACUACACGUGACAGGCCAAGAAUGGGAGGCUGACUCAAAACUAGAUAGAAAAAUAUAAAAUAAUUUUCGACCACUUCAUAGCUCUCAAAUAUAUAUUUAAAAGAUUUAUGAAUACAAACCAUUUAUGGUUUAUGGUUUCUAAACAAGAAAGCACAAUUAAUUUUAUAGAGAGGUUUUUUAUUUUUUUAAUAUUUCUAUUGCAAAAGUCUAUCCGAUUUGAUGCACUUUGAAUAUUGAGAUAUUUUGCACGGAUGAAUGUGUGGGAAUUACCCAUGAUGAGGUAAGAGGAAAGAACAUUUUUUUGUGAUUCACCAGACAUCACUUUAAACUUGGUGAUGAGUUUAAAUCCAGUAGCUAAUCCUUUCCUGAGACUCAAAGAUCGUGACCCUGGUUGGAAUUUCUGACUGUGCUCUUUAGGGCCUCCUGAGUUUCAAAAGGAGGAAGUGUUCGUGCUUGUGUCCCUUAAGUUCCCUGUUGCAUGAGCCUGCGACAGGACCUCACCCCCACCACCAGGCUUCUAUUUGGGAUUCACAUCAGUAUUAGUAUCAUGGCUACACCAAGUUCAGGCUUCUCUUUUUGAUUUUUUACCUAGAAAUUGGGCUGAGUGGUCUUCAACUUUAGGACGAGGGUGAUUUUCCUAAGAAAUCAGCAAAGAGGGAAGGCAGGGACCCUGUUGAUGCACCAGUAUAAACUUUAGCUGCAGGGAUUCCAGAGCCCUCGGGACCACUCUGUCCCCUCAAUAGCUAAGUUCUCCUGGUUCCUCUGAUCUUACAGGCUCAUCCAGGUUCCAAAGUGCUUCUGUCUCUGUUUUGAUUCUCCAAACUGCCCUAUGAUGUACCUAGGGAUUAUCCUCCCCACUUAACAGAAAGUAGUGUCUUGGAGAGGUCAAGGGUCUCUAGUUCAAUGGCCAGUCAUAGCAGAAGGGAGGCCAAGCCCCAGUCCAUCACCUCUCCCAGGCCAGCCUCUGUAAGUUGGCCACACUUGGGGAGUGAGUGUGGGUAUGACUUUACCCUCCUGGUUGGUUUUUACUGUUUGAGGGAAAACCUCAUCAAUACAUCAUUGACUCCUAGGUUCCUCAGGUCAUUUCCUAAUAUCCAUCCCUAUCCAAUGCCUCUAUUUUUUCUUGAAAAAAAGACCAAAAAUUACUUUUAGCUAUGACAAGGCACAGGCCACGUGGCCCCGAUGGCAUCCCUGCUGGUUUUCAAUUCUCUGAAGCCUUGUGUAGCUUUCAGAGCACACGUAUCCUAAUUACCCUCCUCUUCCUCAGCAGAACCCAUUUGAGAUUCUAAACGGAUACUCUUAGUCUCUAAAGUUGCAGUUAGAAACUAAAAUAAUGUUUUUUAAUAUGUAAUAUGCUCCUGUUGGCUAAUUUUCUUUUGACUUUAAUGUGCCAAUGUAACUUCCUUUAAAGGAUCUAUGCAUUUAUUAAAUCUAGAAAACUAUAUGUACACUGUAGGUGGAAAAUUCUCUUUUUUAACUAAAUAUUUUUCCAUCACAAGUUUAAAGAAUUGCAUGAUUAAUUAGGCUUUCAUUUUUAAAUUACGCUUUCAUCACUACGCAGGAUUAUUUUAUUCCCAAAGCUCAUUAGCAUGGGAUAAUUACUCUGCUACAGAAAUAGGCAAUUUAAAAAAAUGAAUUUAGCUCUUCUCAUUGGGGGCAGAAAAGAAAAAAAAAAACAAACAAACAAACCAUUGCACUCAGAUGGAAAAUGCCUAUAGACACAGGAGCAGGUGGUUCCUGUGGACUUCUGGUUUGGAAUUUUGCCUCACCAGGUCAAGCGUGGUUAGAGUGGAAGGUGUCCAGUAUCUUGAGAACCUGGCCCUGGAGGAAGGUUCUGGGUCAGAUGCAAUGAGAGACUGGUGAUUAAGGGCACUGUGGGCAGGACACAGUCCUCGCCUUACCCACCCCGUCCUUCCUAUUACCCACAGUCUGCUGGCCUUCAUGCCUCUACCCCUUGUCACCUGUGUCUCCUCCUUAUGCACAGAGCUGGCUGCCCUUAUGAAUUUUCUUUUCUUUUCUUUUCUUUUUUUUUUUUUUGAGAUAGCGUCUUGCUCUGUCACCCAGGCUGGAGUGCAGUGGCGCCAUCUUGGCUCACUGCAACCUCCACCUCCCAGGUUCAAGCAGUUCUCGUGCCUCAGCCUCCCGAGGCUGUAGCUAGGAUUACAGGCGUGCGCUGCCACACCCAGCUGAUUUUUGUAUUUUUAGUAGAGACGGGUUUUCACCAUGUUGGCCAGGCUGGUCUCAAACUCCUGACCUCAGGUGAUCCACCUGCCUCAGUUUCCCAAAGUGCUGGGAUUACAGGUGUGAGCCACCACGCCCAGCCUGCCCUUGUGAAUUUUCACCUGCUCCUUACCCCUCACCUGUUAGGACUGUUUCUUGAUUUUGCCCUUGUCGAUCCCCUGCCUUAACAGACCUAAGCAGCUGAUAAUGCACCAAGCUUCCCUGACCAGGUGGGGUGUGUGUAUCACCCAAGGGCAGUCCUGCAGACCCUGACCAAAGCCCGUUCCUGGGUGGCCCAGGGUCCAGGUUUCUUCCACCUGCUCUUCCCUGUUAAUGGGGAUUUGCAAGCCUAAUCGCAUCAGCAGGAGCCCAUCUCAGAGAAUCCUGACUCCCCAGGCAGACCGGGAUUUCGGGAAGGGUGUGCGUGGUGUGGUUGCUGGAUACCCGUCUUUCUGCCUGUCCUUUCUCCUCUCUGAAUCCUGGGGCCCCUCUCCCUCCUUAAAGCUGGGGUGGACAGAGGGACAGGAGAGGAUCAGAGUUUAUCCCCCCUGGGAAAAAGCAAGAGCGAAUGAAUCCCAGUGCCAGCGGCUGAGGCUGCCUUCCGUGCCUUCCCUCCAUGGGAGACGGGCGAGUGGGGCUUAGGAAACUGGAACUGGGAAGGUUCUGGUGCCACACUUUGGAACUUUCCCCCUGGGAUUCAGCGGUUGAGAAGCAGACCUUUCUGCCCUGGGCGAAUGGGUCCUUGGGGGAGGGGUUGGUCUUUUGUCUCGCAUCCCCAUCUUUCUUUUCCUUCCGGGCCGUGCUCCUCCCUGGCUGGAAAAAGGUGGCUGUGCUGUCGCUGUGAUCCACUCUCAGCAGAUGCGUGUGGCUCGAAUAAACAAAGAACUUACCUGUUAAGAGUGAAAAUCCUCAGAAGAUUGUACCCAAAUGCCAUGCUUUAAAUAUUCAUGGUCUCUCUAAUGCCCUCCAGACAUGAUUUCCAUGGGAACCAUCCUCCCCUGGGGGCAGUUAGCAGGAGUACGUGGGGCACAUGAGGUGGUCCUCCUCUCAGCAGCUUUGUUGCCACACCCUGCCCAUAGAAACUUCUAGAAAUUUCUGAAAAUGCUCUGUGGGCAGGCAGCUCUUGGGUGGCAGUAAGUCCCGUCAACCCCCACCUACCCCUGGGCCUGAUGUGCUGCCCUUGCUCUCUCUUUAUGUGUGUGCACCCAAAGGAUUUCCUGGUCUCUGUAGCUCAUCCUGUGAGCCCCUCAAGCAUGAAGCCUCCCUCGGGGCUUCUCAAAGCAUGGAGAAGGGCCCUUCCUGUCCUUUGGGAAAAUCUUCCCCACUGUGUCAGUUAUAUGGGAACAAGAGUGAGGGAGUCGUUCUCUAGGCCUGUGCCACAGGACAGAGAACAUGGGAUUCUGCUGUUCGCUUUGAGCCACAGCCUUUACCAGCCCAGCUUGUGUGGGGGGCCCCUUCGCCUUGCUGCAAAGAGCUGUUCCCCAAAGGGCAUAUCCACAGGGUACAGGUUUUUUUUUUUUUUUUUUUUUUUUUUUUUUUUUUGAGACAGGGUCUCGCUCUGUCGCCUAGGCUUGAGUGCAGUGGCGCCAUCUUGGCUCGUUGCAACCUCCACCUCCCGGGUUCAAGUGAUUCUCCCACCUCAGCCUCUCUGGUAGCUGGGACUACAGGCAUGCGCCACCAUGCCCAGCUAAUUUUUGGAUUUUUAGUAGAGAAGGAGUUUCACCAUGCUGGCCAGGCUGGUUUCAAACUCCUGACCUCAAGUGAUCCGCCCACCUGGGCCUCGCAGAGUGCUGAGAUUAAAGGUGUGAGCCACCGUGCCUGGCCAGAAAAAGGCAUUUUGAUUUAGGUUGCUGUAUUUGCUUCUUGAUAAAGAAAACUAAAUUGGGACACUAGUUUUGUGCUCAGCUUUAGGCUGGGUAGCUAAUGGGAGGAUGUCCAGCCUGUCACUGUGCUCCCAACGCAAGGAGAUGGGUGCCCACCCAGAAUCAGGAGAAGAGGCUUUUCCCUCCCAUUCUGCAACCAGGGUGGAGCUAUCUUUCCAGAGAAGCCAGCUGAGAGGUUUUAGGGCUUUGGUUAUUUUAUGGGAGUUUUAAAACUCCUAACUUUUCAAUGACAAAUGGCUCCCAGGUGCCAUCGUCUCUGUUAAAUCCUCAAACAUGCACAAGCACACACUGCCGGGGACACGGGUUGUCUUUCACCUGCAUGUUUCUAAGGCUCUUUAUUCAAUCUCACGGUGUCAGUGUCCAGUUGUCAAAGUUAUGAAUCUUCCUCUUGCUUCUUAACAGGGCUGACAGUAUACUCUCGUCUAGUCUAGGAACAUGUCUGCUGCUGGGAUUCCCUGGUACCAGGAUUUGAGGGCCAUGGGUGGCAUCUCUGAGAGCUGAAAAUCCACACUGUGCCUGUGGGAAAGUCAAGCCCUUGGCUGUGUGGCUUUUCUAUCCCUUGGAUUUACAGGUCUGAGAAUUGGCUGUUCCUUAGUUAUAACCCCAGUGACAAAUGCCGGCUUAAGCUACACCUAUUCCCACUGUUGCUAGAAUUCAAACAGUUGCUUUUUUUUUUUUUUUCUUUUUGAGAAAGGGCCUCACUCUGUUGCCCAGGCUGGAGUGCAGUGGCUCGAUCACAGCUCACGAAAGCCUCAAACUCCUAGGCUCCAGUGAUCCUCCUGAAAAGUAGACAGGACUACAGGCACAUGCCACCACAUCCAGCUAAUUUGUUUUCAUUUUUUUUUAGAGACAGGAUCUCUCUGUGUUGCCCAGGUAGGUCUUGAACUCCUGGCCUCAAGUGAUCCUCCUGCCUUGACCUCCCAAAGUGCUGGAUUACAAGUGUGAGCCCCUGCACCCGGCCCAAGCAGUUGUUUCUUUUUUUUUAUUUUUUUGAGAUGGAGCCUCACUCUGUCGCCCAGGCUGGAGUGCAGUGGCACGAUCUCAGCUCACUGCAAGCUCCGCCUCCCGGGUUCAUGCCAUUCUCCUGCCUCAGCCUCCUGAAUAGCUGGGACUACAGGCACCUGCCACCACGCCUGGCUAAUUUUUUGUAUUUUUGGUAGAGACAGGGUUUCACCGUGUUAGCCAGGAUGGUCUCCAUCUCCUGACCUUGUGAUCCGCCCACCUCGGCCUCCGAAGUGCUGGAUUACAAGCGUGAGCCACCGUGCCUGGCCAAGCAGUUGCUUCUUAUGCAACAUGUUGGUUGGGACUUGUCCGUGGACCAGGCCAAUAAAAUUCUUAAUCCUGCAGAGAGUCAGUACCCUCAUCACCCCAUCACUGGAAAACAAAUGUUUUAAGCUAUCAAGAGAGGGAAUGUGCAGCUUUUGGUUUCUAGAUGCAUGGUUUGGUGUGAUCUGGCUUUGUGCCUAAAGGGAAUGUCCCAAACAACAGAGCCUUCUUUGCUGUCACUCCAGAAUUCUCUACACAGAAUUUCCCAAGUCCAUUCAGGACAGACGCGCAGUCCUCUUUCAAUGGAAGAAGAGAGGACUUUCCCCCUCCUGAAAAAUGACUGGAGUGGGAACAAGGCAGCUCUGUUUUUCCAAAUAAGUUGUUCUUGUGAGUUUUUUCUGGCCACUGGGCAUCUCCGCCCUCACCUUUCAUCCCUGCCCUCUAAGCUGCAGACGCCAUGACCACACUGUCUGCUUCCUUGAGCUUCCUGCACGAAGCUUGGACCUGGGGGCCCUGGAGACCCUGCGGACAGAACUGUGACUGAGCCACUGUGGCCACUCUUGGGGAGCUCCACAGUAGGGGUUGCUGCUUUGUGAGGCUGGGUCUCCCUUUCAGAGCACACACUGCCUGGCAGGGCGCCUCUGCCUGUGUCUCCUGCCCAGCAGCCGCCAGCAGGGAAUAGUUGCUGGUGUCUGAGCACAAAGAGAGCUUUGAUUACCUAGAGAGGAAAAAGGCUGUCAGCCAGAUGCAGCCAGGCCCAGGGGUAGAUGCAGGAGUUGCUAAGGAAGGGUCCAAGCCAGGAGAGGCCAGGCAGAUCCACAAAGCCCAAGGGGAUGCAGGCUGGGUGUGGUUUCUGAGGGAACCUACCAAAUAGCAGGUAGAUGGAAUCAGAGGACUCUUGUGUCCUGAAAGAACCUCCUUAAAAACAACUAAAACCAAGAACUUCUGGGACUGUUCACACAUUGUUCGAGUCACCCCAAGAUCGUUCUGGCACGCUGAGCUGAACACCACCAUCUUUGUUCAUUCUCUCUCUAACGGGCAAAGCAGGAUCAUCGAGGUGAAAAGUUGUAAAUAAUGAGUAUAUUUAUCCCGCUAUUUAUUUUUUCAAUAACUGUGACCUCCUGCACUGUGAAUGCUCUGUGACAUGAGAUUCUUAGUUUAAUAAAACUGUCAUUAAAUUUGAAUGAAUUGAUAUUAUUGGUUACCAAACACUGGCAUGAGUUUAUUUUUAUUGUGAAGAAAAAAAUCUACAGCAAAUCUAAACCUUUCUAAGAAAUCUAGCAGUCAGUAUUGUAAUGCAAUAUAUCAAAAUCUGUACACUGUCAAUAAAAUAAAUGAGCACAAGU